AUGCCGGACAGUACCGACCGACCGCCAAUAGCUGGCAUUAACAGCAGGUAGGCUGUGUUUUUCUCCAAUUAUAGAGGAAUGUUCUUAGUUUAAUUCGUUUCAGAUAAAGCAAGGAAUGUCUUAUAAUUUAACAUUGUGCAUAAUGUUUUUCAAAACCCGUACAAAGUAAAAAUUCCUUAUUAAAGCCAAUGGUGAUAGCUCAAUGCAAUAUUUGUUAACGUUUUUCUUAUGGAUAAAAGCUCUGAACACUCCUCUAUCGUCGAGAAAAAAAUUAGCCCGAUUGAUUUAAGCACAGUAGAGAUAUUCAAUUUUUUUAUCGUAUGUAUAUUUAUGGGCCACCCUGUACUUCAGCACUCAUUAACAAUUGUGUUUCAGAAAAACACUACACAAGGGUGGGGUGAUGUAGUGAAACUUAAACGCUGUGAUAUGAACUUUUCGAAAAAUUCCGUUCGAAAGAUAGUAAUUAUAGCACUAUGGUAAAACUCUGUCUCUGUAUUACAGUCGUCACUAUCGACAUUGGCACGACUAUAAAUGAGUCAGUCUGGCCGCUGAUCACUUGUUUCAGAACUGUUCUUCUCUACCUACAACCGCUACAACGACAACAACAACAAUCAGUAAGCCAAAUGCUUUUGAUUCAUCUAAAAUAAAGUAACAGUAAAUGUAUUGGUUAUUUUUGUAUUACUUUUGAUCAUGAUGAAAAACAAAUUUGCUAAAUCUAGUAUCAUUCGAUUGUUCUUCUUAUUUUGUCUAGACUGAUAUUUCCCAUUGCGAUGAGCUCUUUUAAGAAGAUUAGUUAUGAUAUUCUUGCACUUUCUCAUUCUAUGAUUAAAGAAAAGUCUAAGUAAAUUUGAUCAUCAUCUGCUCGUAGUCAUUCACGUUGCAAUUACCCCAAUAAUUAGUAAUGCAGUCCUCGGAUAGACGUUAGAAAACUGAUUCUAGGCAUCGACUCGAACUCGAUUCGAUGAAUGCACUGGCAUGCGGUACCUCAUGACCUAUCAGAGAAAUAAAAGCAUAUUUAACCAUUUGGUUUGAACGGAGAGUGAAAGGCGUUUGUAAAUUAUGUUUGGCUUCAAUAUACAAUACAUUAGAUUCAAAAAAAUGAAUCAUGAAAAACGAAUUCUAUUUUUCGCACUGAAUAUGUUGAACUUUAAGCAAGAAACUAAUAGAUAUUGAGCGGCCAGUCAGCUGCUUCUUCCCCCUUUAUGAAAAUCCUUUCAAC